AAAAAUAUCAGAAAUAAUAAAGAAACAUGCCAGAAAAGUGGACAGCUUUGCUGCUAUUGCUACAGCUGCUGGGAAAUUUGGAGACGGGUGAGGCGAUUUGGUUUCCCUGGUACUUCCAGCGCUACGGAUUGGCCCCGCAUUCGACGCGACAUGGCGGAGGUCACAAGAACAAGACGGAUGCAACCUGUCCGCCUGGCUACGAACCCAAGUCCCCGGCGGUGGGGCUGACAGGGGGAAUAGCCGGCUGUGAAAGGGUGUCGGGAUCAAAACAACCAGGACAGCGAAUCUGCGACGAUAAUCCCGUCCUGAUGCAGUUGGCCCGUCUUUAUGUGGUCAGUCCCGAAAGGAUUGUACUGCUGCUGGCCCAGCCCUCCCUAACUGAUUCCUGUGCCGAGAUCACCGAUGUGCUGGGCAACAUAAGGAAGUCCAUGCGCAACUGCAUCCUGGCACCGGAUAAUAUCUACGGGCGGCUAAAGGAUGGUCUCAGCUACUUCCAGACGGAAGUCUGUGAGGGCGGCGAUGGCAGCAACCGGAAGCGAUGCACAGGACUCCAGGAGUCGCACAACUGCCUGCGGGAACUGCGAACGGACAUGAUCGAGUGCGAGGCUCCAGCGGAUUGGUACGAGCGGCGGAAUGCCACCAAGGUGUGCCACAUCUUCAACGAUGUCCUGGACUGCUAUUAUACGAGAGCCGCCCUGUUGUGCGGCGUCGAGGUCGCCAAGCAGCUGAGAUCCUUCGCCGGGGACAGCAUGGGCCGGGCCAUGACUCACAGGUGCGCGGUGAACAAAAGGUUGCCCCGCGUGGACAAUGCCAUGCCCAUCAGCGCAAAUAACGGGGUGGGCGUGGAAUGUCCUUGGCUUAAUUCAUUUAAUUUUUUGCACAUUAUCUUUUGGGUUGCAGUCCUUGAAUAUAUAUUUCUGUUAUAA